GAGAGAGAGAGAGCAACACGGAGUGAAAUUACAGCAAGUUCACACACUUUCAUAACAACAACAAUUCUCUCCUUUUCCAAACAGACACCCAAUAAAAACCAACUCCUCUCUUUCUACAAGACUAGGAAAAUCUUCAAAGGUUGAGAGAGAGUCUUUCUUCUAGUCCUUCGAAACAUAUUUUCCAUUUCUCCAUAUUUUGGCUCUACUUCGCAAGUACUAGUCAUGGGUGUGGAAUGUUGAACGUUGUAGCGAAAUCCGAGAGAGAAAUCUGUUUGGAGUAGCAAAAAGGAACAAUCUUUGGUGGGAUUUGUUCCUGAGAAUUGGGUUUCAACGCUUUUCCCUUUUAUUUUCGUGGGUUCUCUGUGAUUUUCUGAGCAUUGUGUUGGGUGUUUUAUAGAUUCAAGACUUCGAUUUUUGUUGGGUUUUGCAGAAGUCGAAAACCCAGUUGGGUUUUCCCAUGAUUUGCUGAGCAUUGUGUUGGGCAUUCCAUAGAUUUCAGAGUUCUCCUUUCUUAGCAUUUAUUUACAGUUAUACAUACAGUCAUGAACAUUUAAUUACUGGGUAGUUUUUUAUAUCAUUUAAGUCCUUGUUUGGUAGAGGAAUUUGUAUUAUGUUAAUUAAAUCUUAAAAGAGAUUCGCCUUGGUUUGCGUAACAGACAAAUCAUUCAAUUCUUGGAUCAGGUUUACUCUCACAGUUGUUUCACCACAUUAGAAGUUCUACCAAUUAAAAAAUCUGAGAGUCUGUUUGUUUCCAAUUGUCUUCUCCAUAUCAGCAGCAUCAAAAGUCCACAUGUUGUGUCCAUUUAUGCGUUGAAUUUGGGCAUUGGAGUCAACCAUUGUGGUAAAUUUCAAGUCUUUUGUGGUUUCCACAAUUGAUGGUGUGGACAAUGUGUAGACUAGAGAAUUGUGAUGGAAAGUGCAAGUGCAGGGAUGAAGGGAGGGGGUUUAAUAAGUUCUUGGGUGAAGGGAAGGGGGAAAGGCCCAAAUUGAUAGUUUUUCGUGGUCGCCGGAUGAAGAUGUGGAUGAUUCCUGGGAUGAUGACGAUUUUGUUGUGGACUUGUGUUGUCCAGAUGAUGGGAUUGGGUGAGGUUUUGGGGCCCAGAUUGUUGAAGGGUUGGCCUUCUUGUUUUAGUCCUUCAGAGAUGUUUUCAAAUGACAAAUUGCCUUCUCCUACACCCAGAGUUCUUCCUCCAAAAAGAAUUUAUAAGAACAAUGGUUAUCUUAUGGUCUCUUGCAAUGGAGGACUCAACCAAAUGCGAGCAGCAAUAUGUGACAUGGUUGUGAUUGCCAGAUAUCUCAAUGUCACUCUUGUUGUCCCAGAACUGGACAAAACCUCCUUUUGGGCCGAUCCAAGUGAGUUCCAAGACAUAUUUGACAUUGAUCAUUUCAUUACAUCAUUGAGAGACGAGGUUAGAAUAUUGAAGGAGCUACCACCUCGGCUCAAGAAGAGAGUUGAACUGGGAAUGUUCCACUCAUUGCCACCUGUUAGUUGGUCCAACAUUUCCUAUUACCAUAAUCAGGUUCUUCCUCUGGUGAAAAAGCAUAAAGUUGUGCAUCUGAAUAGAACUGAUGCUCGCCUUGCUAAUAAUGGGCUUCCGAUAGAGAUUCAGAAGUUGCGAUGUAGAGUAAAUUUCAGUGCUUUAAGAUUCACUCCGGAGAUAGAGGAAUUGGGCAGAAGGAUAGUCAGGAUUCUAAGACAAAACGGCCCUUUUCUUGUCCUCCAUCUCCGAUAUGAAAUGGAUAUGUUGGCUUUCUCUGGCUGCACGCGUGGUUGUAGAGAUGUGGAGGUGGAAGAAUUGACAAAAAUGAGAUAUGCCUACCCGUGGUGGAAGGAAAAAGUGAUAGAUUCCAAUCUCAAACGAAAAGAAGGUUUGUGUCCUUUGACGCCAGAGGAAACUGCUUUGACAUUAAGAGCACUGGGUGUUGAUCGUAAUGUUCAAAUUUAUAUCGCUGCUGGAGCAAUUUAUGGUGGAGAAAGGAGAAUGGCGAGUUUGGCAUCUGCAUUCCCAAAUUCGGUUAGAAAGGAGACCCUGCUUCGAUCCUCAGAGUUGAAGUUUUUCCAAAACCAUUCAUCCCAAAUGGCAGCACUUGAUUAUCUUGUAUCUUUGGAAAGUGAUUUAUUUGUUCCAACUUAUGAUGGAAAUAUGGCUAAAGUUGUAGAAGGCCAUCGGAGGUUUUUAGGGUUCAAGAAGACGAUUCUAUUAGACAGGAAGCUUCUAGUUGAUUUGAUUGAUAGACGCAGUAAUGGGUCAUUGAGAUGGGAUGAAUUCUCCUCAGUAGUUAAGGAAGCUCAUGCCCAUCGUAUGGGGAGGCCAAAGAACCGCGUUGUGAUUCCAGAGAGACCAAAGGAAGAAGAUUACUUCUAUGCGAACCCACACGAGUGUUUGCAACAGUUCACAAGUAACCAGUUGAGAAUUACAUGAUAUUGGUACCUUUUUGUUGCUAGUGGAUGGUUUACACACUGCUUAAGCGGUUUGGCCCCUUAGGUUGUGUUUGGAUCAAGGAUUUUUGGAGCAAAACGAAAAAUCCCGGAAAUAGGUUCUUUGGUUUUCUAUCAUUUCACUUUUCCUUGAACAAAAUUUCUCCAUAAAUCCUUGCUCCAAAUAUGACCUAACAUUUAAGAGUAGGAGUAGGAGUAGGAGAAUGAUUGUUCCCUGUUUGGUCAAGGGGAAACAUCAUGGGGGUUUUCCCCAACAAAUUUUUACCAUCUUUUUUACAGCAGUUACUGGGUACUGAAAUUGAUGUAUAGAAGACCACCCUGCCAUUGCAGGAAAAUUUCAAGUUGUUAUUUUUUUAGUUUUUCAGAUGGGGGUUUUUCAAUGAAUAUUCCCCGUCAGAUUAUACAUACUUUGUUGAUAUGGCUAGUCUCAUAUUUCAUUAUCUUUGCUUGGUAGUGACA